CCCGGACGCCCAGGCUGGGUGAAGGAGGGCUGAGAGCGCUCCCGACGUCCCAGCUACACUCGGACACGAGCCACUUCGUUUACAGCCCAGACCACUCUGAAAACGGAAGGUGUUCGCUUUCGCCCGGAACCCUUGAGCACGCAGCCCGAUCCCUUGAAAGCCAGAUUCGGACUACGUUUCCCGUGAGCACGCGCAGCCCACGCUCCGCCUCCUUACCCGCGCAGUGUUUGAUCUCGGUGGCCGGUGGCCGGAGAGGGACAAUGGUUUCCAUGUCAGCAGAUAAACGCGCUCGCGAGGGGGAAGAGAUGCAGUGAGUGAGAGCGUGUCGAGAGCGACGAAGCAACGGGAGAUGGUGGCCGAUAGUGCAAGAGCCAUGCCGCGCCGAGGCCUAGUGGCCGGGCCAGACUUUGAGUUUUUCCUGCGUCGGUAUUUCACGCCGGCCGAGGUGGCCCAACACAACCGGCCGGAAGACCUUUGGGUAUCUUACCUGGGAUCCGUGUACGACCUGACACCGUUGGCUCAGGAGUAUAAGGGAGACCUGCUGCUAAAACCCAUCAUAGAAGUCGCAGGCCAGGACAUCAGCCACUGGUUCGAUCCGAAGACCAGAGACAUCCGCAAGCACAUAGACCCGCUGACCGGCACCCUGAGAUACCGCACCCCCUGGGGCCGCUUUCUGCACGUCCCGCCGCAGCUGCCCCGUUCCGACUGGGCCAAUGAUUUCGGGAAGCCCUGGUGGCAGGGGUCGCGUUAUGAGGUGGGGCGGCUGUCCGCCAAGACCCGGAACAUCCGCAUCAUUAACACGCUCACAUCGCAGGAGCACAUGCUGGAGGUGGGGGCCCUGGAGUCGAUGUGGGAAAUCCUACACCGCUAUCUCCCCUAUAACGCACAUGCUGCCAGCUAUACGUGGAAAUAUGAGGGGAAGAACCUGAACAUGGAUCAUACCCUGGAACAGAACGGGAUCCGGGAUGAGGACGACGAAUUUGACUAUCUCAGUAUGGACGGUGCACCUUAUACACCCGCGAUACUGCUGUACUUCAACGAUGACCUCACAGAACUGUAGGAAGGGAGAUAUAUGCUCACGUAGACUUAAGAUA